AUGGAGGCUGAAUCGCAGGUCCCCACCAAGGGAGCUUUGUACCCGGAGCAACCUGUCAGAGUUGUCGUGCCUCCAAAUCCAGAUGUCAUUGAAACCAAGAAUCUUCGUCUGCGCCCAUUGAAAUCAAGCGACGCGGCACAUAUCUUCGAGUUUCGAUCUCGACAAGAUGUAGCAGAUUGGUUAUGGCCGAAAAUACCUCACAAGCACAUCGAGGAAACAGAAGCAAACAUCGCCGGGAAGAUCUUUCGGACUCCCGAUGCAUCCGGAGCUAUUGGCAGACAAUUUCACUUUGCAAUCAUCGACGCCAAAGACCCCACACAAAAGGUUAUCGGUAUAGUUGGAAUUAAUUCCCUUGCUCCAGCUCCAUCCAUUGGUUACGGCCUCCAUCCGGGCUGUUGGGGCAUGGGCUACGCCAGUGAAGCUGUGACGGGAUUGAUAAAUGCAUGGUGGAAACUGAACCGGAUAGACCCGGCGCAACUAAGAUUGGCGUCAGAGAAGGAAAGACUAUUCGCCGCGUGCAAUAGAGAAAAUUUCGGAAGCAUGAAAGUUCUCCAAAAGAACGGAUUCAAGGUCUAUCGAGAAGUAUACCUCGAUGGAGAUACGCUUGCGCUCCUUGUUCUAGAAAGACCGCAAAGUUAG